AUGGCCUCUCUUAACACCUCCUCCAAUGGCCCCACGAUUAGGCGCAGCUACGAGGGCGUCAUCAAUGCGCCCCUCCCUUCCGGUGCCGCCGCCGCCUCGCCCACCUUCGGACAAUGGGCCGUCUUCUCCGUCUCCGCGCCCCUGGCCAACGCCUUCCAGCCCGACGCCGGCAAGGAGAGCGUUCUCAAGGUCCAGACUACCGGAGAGGGCGAGCUGGCAGACCUGAUUGACGAGCUUAACGACGGCCGCAUCCAGUUCGCCUUCGUCAAGGUCAAGGACCCCAACACGGGCCUCCCCAAGAACGUCCUGAUAGCAUGGUGCGGUGAAGGUGUUCCCGAACGCACCAAGGGUUACUUCAACACUCACCUGGCCGCCGUGUCCAAGCUGCUCCACGGAUACCACGUCCAGGUCACCGCCCGGUCCGAGAGCGCCCUGAGCCCCGAGGGUAUUAUUCAGAAGGUCUCGGACGCGUCGGGCGCCAAAUACUCUGCUGGAGACGCCCCUCCUCCAGUCGCCAGCAGGCCUCCGCCCCCCGUUGCAUCCAAACCUGUCUUCACUCCUACCCGUGUCGGAGGCGCUUCGUCCGGCUUCAAUCCCCUCGCCCGGUCGCGCGCCGCGCCCUCCGCCCAGAACGUCGACCACGAUGGUUGGGGUGCCGACGCUCCUCCAGUAACCAGGUCUCAGCUCGAGAAGGUUGAGUCUGCAUACAAGCCCACCAAGGUCAAUUUGGCCGAUCUCACCAAGCAGAACGAGGAUGCCACCCGCAGUGGCCCCGCCAGAAGCGAUACGCCGAGCGAUGUUGUCAAGGGCGGCUAUCAGCCAAUUGGUAAGGUCGACAUUGCUGCCAUUCGGAAACAGGCCGCCGAGUCGGGUCAGCUGAAGGAUGAUCGUCCCACCCCUGUGAAGGGUUCGUAUGAGCCCAUUGGCAAGGUUGAUAUCGCGGCAAUUCGAGCCAAGGCAUCCGCUGCACCCCCUGCGCACAUCUCCCCCGCUCCCACUGGCGGAGAUGACGAAGCCCCCAAGUCGUUGGCAGAGCGGUCUGCGGCAUUCAACCAACAGCCUGAGCGUCUUACCUCUAUGCCCAAGCCCAAGGUCGCGAACAAGUUCGGAAACACGGGUGCUUUCACAGGCACGAAGCCUCCUGCCCCUGCCUUUGCGCCGAAGUCCCUGGCGGCUUCUGCUCCCAUUGGAACGGCGAGCAAGACAUUUGCAGACGAAGGUGGAAAGACCCCGGCGCAGCUCUGGGCAGAGAAGAAGGCGCGUGAGCGCGGACUCAGUGGCUCUAGUGACCUUCCCCCGCCGCCGGCUGCCCAACCCAUUGCUAGCCAGCAGAGCGGCUCCGGCGGCUGGAAGAGUGGUUACACUGGCAAGAGCUGGGCGCCCGUGCAGACGACUCACACGGGUGCCAGUAACCUCAGCGCUCAGCGUACUGGUGAGGUUGAUCAUCCUCAAGAAGAGGCUCCCGCAUCGCCUGCCGGCGGUAUUGGUGCACUCCGGGAUCGCUUCAAGGAGGCUCCCCCCAUGGGAUCUGCUGCUUCAAGACCCGUCCCAGUGCCUCAGGAUGAGCCUGCACCGCCCCCGAUGGACUUGGCUAGCAAGCCGAACGCGGGCCGCGCGGUUCCUGGUUUGCCCACGCGCCCGGCUGAAGAGCACGUGGAGCUUCCGUCUCCGCCUGCGCAACCCCGCAGCCCCACUCCCCCAUCCCCUGACGUUCGCCCGAGCUCGCCGAUCCGCAUCAUCCAGCCUGUUGCAAGGAGCGCCGAGCCCGAGCUCGAGCCGGCGGAGCAGCACUCGCCGCCUCCGGCAUUGCCCACCGAGUCCAUCUCUGCCGCUGUGUCCGCCGCCAGGGAUCACAUUCCCGACGAGCCGAAGGUGGAGGAGCAUGACCCUGCGCGGGGAGCCGGUGUCGCCGCUGCUGAGGCAUCUUUUGGUGCCGGUGCGGCUCAUGCCGGUGCGGAAAGUGGUGGCAAGCGUGCUAUCGCACAGUACGACUACGAGAAGGCAGAAGACAACGAGAUCGAGCUUGCCGAGGGUGAAAUAAUCACUAACAUCGACAUGGUUGAUGAAGACUGGUGGAUGGGCCAGAACUCUCGUGGCGAGGCCGGUCUGUUCCCCAGCAACUACGUCGAGCUGAUUGAAGAUGACGAGGCCGCCGCACCCGCCCCGGCUGCCCCUGCGGCCGCUCCUGCGCCUCCUGCUGCACCUCCUGCUGCCGCUGGUGGCAAGGGACCCACUGCCACAGCCUUGUACGAUUACGAGGCUGCUGAAGAAAACGAGCUCAGCUUCCCCGAUGGAGCAACCAUCACCAACAUUGAAUUCCCUGAUGAGGAUUGGUGGUUUGGCGAGUUCGGCGGCAAGUCGGGUCUCUUCCCUGCCAACUAUGUGCAGUUGGACGAGUAG